AUGUCCGGUCCCAUCUCAUCGCUUUUGGCAUUACCGGUUCUAUGUAUCAUAUCGAUCCCUCUCGUCUUAUCGGCAUGGCUGACCCUCUCCGCCGCCUUAUUCACCCUUCUCCUGCGAGUAUCUGUGGUCUACCUUGAGGUAGGCUAUGCACUGAUCAUCAACUUCUUUACACUUCCAACCUCCACCAACACAUCUUCUUUCUUGACCUUUGCCCCCUCUGAGUCACCAACGCCAGCAGCUGGCAAUUCUCGAAGGAACUCGGCACAUGGAUUGGUACAGCCUCACCGAGCCAAUGACACCCUUAAUGGAUUCCACGAAGAGUAUUUCAAGCGCAAGAGCAAGAAAAACUAUGCUCGAAGUAUGAUCAAAGCCCAUGAUCUACCUACUGCGCCACUACCUACGAAUUUCAACGGUCUCCCCGUAAGCGGCGACAAGAGACGGGAUUUCGAAGGAGUGGGUGGUUGGCGCUCAUAUACGGACGUUUCAUCUCGAGCCUCGAAACCACGCAGUACUCAUUCGGGACAAGAAAAGCCUCUGAGCUCGUCAUCUUCGUCAACACAUAGCCUCGCUGGCGAGGUCAGUAUGAGCGAUGGUGUCGAUGCUGAUGAGCGGGCCUGGCUAUCCUUAAAUUAUCGCCUGGAACUGCCAUCUCGAGUCGUGACAUUUGGAUCAGGCUCGACGGCUCCUUCGAAUUUGACGAGCCCUGUAUAUGGCGAUUCUUUGAAUGACUCCAAUGCCCUUACUCCUGUGUUUUCUUCCGACCUCUACGAUGACCAUGCACAACAUCCAAACGGGCGUAGGCAUCAUCAUCGUUCUCAUACCACUUCUGCUCUGACAGAAUCUAAUUUCCGUACGCGAAGUGGUCUUGCCCUGUCUUUAUCCACAAGACCGGAUCGAUCGAGUCGUCCGGUUUCGCCUUCAUCGAUGCGACGUGCUCCUUUCAUGACUCCACAAUCGUAUUCACCUACACAAGCUCGAUCUUCGAUGCGCUCGCUCCCGGCUAGUACUGCGCCACACACCACAGGGCACAUUUUGGCAGGCAGUAGUCAUGGUGCUGGGGGUUACUUUGCCCUUUCACGACCUGGUGGAAUGCCAGUACCAUCUUUCUCUACAGUGGUCAGUCCUAGUUCUAGUGGGCAUACGACGCCUGGUGCAGAGGACUACAAUUCGUCAUCGCAGUUGACUCGCUUUAUUGCGCAUUAUCCUACUAGCGUGAGACAUCGGCGACGGAGUCUCUCAGGUCCUCAUGCGAGACGGGUUUCUAUUGGUGAACGUCUGUCGUGA